CCCUGAGGGGAGGGGAAAGGAGUAAACGGGGAUGAGUCUUGAUGGCGAGGGAUCAUUAGCCUGUAGAGUGAGGGAAAGUUCUUCAUCGGUGUCCGUCUGAAGAGUUUGUCAAGGUGUUAGUGUCCGUGUGCUGUUGUGUGAUGGAGUUGCGGGACCGGGAGGUGGCCGGGCCGCUGCCUCGGGGUCGGAUGCUGCUGCUGACCCAGUGAAUCGUCUCCGGCCUCAGGCCACCUUCUGGAAAUAAUUUGCACUUGGAAAUCAAAUGUGCGGUUUCAGAAUUCGCAGAUGGCACUUGAGGGGACGGCGGUGUGGAGUUAACAACGAGGAAGAUCACUGCACAGGACAAUACUUGCCAAAUGAUUUCGAAUAGAUAAGCAUGAGAUCUGUGCAUGUCUCCAGUGGUGACAGGAAUGGAUGUGACCAGCCGAUGUACAGCUGGUGAUCCGAACCGGCUUCCUGAAGGCCUGCCUCAGCCUGCACGCAUGCAUUACAUCUCAGACAAACAUCCCCGACUCACCCUGGAUGCCAUUAAUCAACUGAGGAGAAACCAGGGUCUGUGUGAUGUUGUGCUUGUGGUUGGGCUGAAGAAAAUCUAUGCACACCGGGUGGUGCUUGCAGCCUGCAGUCCUUACUUCCACGCAAUGUUCACCAGUGAACUUGCAGAAAGUCGGCAGACUGAAGUUCUGAUUAGGGACAUUGAUGAGCAUGCCAUGGAAUUACUCAUUGAGUUUGCGUACACAUCACAGAUCAUUGUGGAGGAGAACAAUGUGCAGACCUUGCUGCCAGCUGCCUGCUUGUUGCAGCUGAUUGAGAUCCAAGAAACCUGCUGUGAAUUUUUAAAGCGACAGCUCGAUCCAUCCAAUUGUUUGGGAAUUCGGGCUUUUGCCGACACUCACGCUUGUCGGGAGUUGCUGCGCGUGGCAGAUAAGUUUACACAGCACAACUUUCAAGAGGUAAUGGAGAGCGAGGAAUUUAUGUUACUGCCAGCAAACCAGAUGAUUGAUAUAAUUUCCAGCGAUGAAUUGAACGUGCGAAGUGAGGAGCAGGUGUAUAGCGCUGUUGUAUCGUGGGUCAAAUACAACAUUCAGGAAAGGAGAGGACAACUUGCUCAGGUCUUGCAACAUGUUCGUUUGCCGUUGUUGAGCCCUAAGUUCCUGGUUGGCACAGUUGGGACUGACACUUUGAUCAAAAGUGAUGAAAUGUGCAGAGAUCUCUUGGACGAGGCAAAAAAUUAUCUCCUCCUGCCACAGGAGAGACCUCUCAUGCAGGGUCCCCGGACUCGACCUCGCAAGCCCAUCCGAUGUGGCGAAGUGCUUUUUGCUGUUGGUGGUUGGUGCAGUGGGGAUGCAAUCUCUAGUGUUGAACGCUACGAUCCUCAGGCACAUGAGUGGCGGAUGAUGGCGUCCAUGUCUAAACGAAGGUGCGGUGUCGGUGUAGCAGUUCUCGAUGACCUUUUGUAUGCAGUUGGAGGUCAUGAUGGAUCUUCCUACCUGAACAGUGUUGAAAGGUAUGACCCGAAGACAAACCAGUGGAGUAGUGAUGUAGCUCCGACCAGCACGUGCAGAACAAGUGUAGGGGUAGCUGUGCUUGGAGGGUACCUGUAUGCUGUUGGAGGUCAGGAUGGAGUGUCCUGCCUUAAUAUUGUGGAAAGGUUUGAUCCUAAAGAAAAUAAAUGGAUGAGAGUAGCCCCUAUGAGCACCCGCCGCCUCGGUGUAGCUGUGGCAGUCCUCGGUGGACAUCUCUAUGCUAUCGGGGGCUCUGAUGGAACAUCUCCAUUAAAUACAGCUGAACGCUUCAUUCCUCAGGAGAAUCGCUGGUCUCCUUGUUCACCCAUGGGGACAAGGCGAAAGCACCUUGGCUGCGCUGUAUUCCAGGACAUGAUCUAUGCAGUCGGAGGACGCGAUGACACAACUGAGCUUAGUAGUGCUGAGCGAUACAACCUUCGAACUAAUCAGUGGUCUCCAGUGGUUGCUAUGACCUCCAGACGGAGUGGGGUUGGUCUAGCUGUUGUAAAUGGACUUUUGAUGGCAGUUGGCGGUUUUGAUGGUACAACCUACUUAAAAACCGUUGAAGUAUUUGAUCCUGAUGCAAAUACUUGGAGGCUGUUUGGAAGUAUGAACUACAGGCGCCUUGGAGGUGGGGUCGGUGUGGUGAAGAUGACACAAUGCGAGUCACACAUUUGGUGAAUUCUUCAAAGUUAACAAGGGGGCUUAUCCAUUUACAAUAGCAUUGUUACAAAAAGACAGUCAUUCAAUGCCGAAUAGAUUAAGUGGAGUCCACAAGAGCACCUUCUAUAAUAAGUGCAUUAUAUAAUCUAGCAAUUUUCUACAUUGAUGUGUAAACAAUCAUGGAGCUCCAGCAAUUGCAUUUCUUACAAAGUUGGAACAAUGUAUUAGGAACUCCUUACAGCCACCUUAUUAAAACAAAACCUGCUGCCUUAUUAACCAGUGCUGAUUAAAUAAAUCCACAUAGGUAAGUAUUAUUUUAAAAUAGCUAAUUUAUUCUGGCACCUGUGCAGGCAUGACAAAUCUUUGUGCCACUAUUUAUGCAACUUGAAAUUGCAACUGUAUGAAGCACUUGAAACCCUGUUAGGUUCAGGAUCAACAAAAAGACAAUGGUCUGUCCCAUGAAGCAAAUGUUCUCAUUCUUACAUUGCAAUUUUUUCAAAAAGUUAACACAUGCACAAUGUGACACAGUAGAGGUAUGGCUAUUUGACUCUGCAAAUCUGCAGUGGCUUUUAUUAGAGAGACAGGAUUUUAAAAUUUGAUCAAGGGAUCAGCUUGCAUAUCAUGUUGUGUAGAUCUUGCCUCAAGAGUAGGAGAUACAUCCAAAUAAAAACCAAAAGCACUGCAGAUGCUGUAAAUCAGGAACAAAAACAAAGUUGUUGGAAAAGCUCCAGCAGGUCUGGCAGCAUCUGUGGAGGAGAAAACACAGUUAAUGUUUCAGGUCCAAUGACCCUUCCUCAGAACUGGGAUACAUCCAGUUUGGCAAGAGUGAAGGCUCUUGCAUUCAGUAAAAUGUAAAAAGCCAGUCUUAUAAUCUAAGUUCAAUAAUAAAAAUUUCUUGCCUUAUGGAAGGUAAAAUAAAUGAAAGUUGUUAUGCAGGCUUUAAGUGGUAGAGCAAUUAGGAUCCUACCUAAUAGGGAAAAUUAAAGCAGGUGAAAUUUGAAUUGGAGGUUGGCCAAAACUUUUGUAAAGCACCUUCUAAUUGAUUUAGAAUGUACAGAGAUAUUCAGAAAAACAAGCAAUGGCAGUGUCUUUUUGUAUCCAAGUAUACAGUGAUAUACCUAUUCUGUGUUAAGUCAAGCCUCUAUUAGAAUGCAAGAGGAGCUGCUUAGGGUUCAUUUUUAGCCAAGUUACACUGCAAAAAAAAAAAAAAAAACUUCAAAUCAGGUUGAAUUGUAUCUAUUG